AUGGGGUUCUUGAGCUUCAGAAAGAAAUCAAAGGCAAGCAAAGCCUUAAAUUCAACUAGUUUACCUCCACCGCUUGUAUUGACCGAUAGCAUUCGCACCUCAACAUCAACAGAUGCAGGCUCUGAUUACCGCUCAUUUAUUGCUGAUUCCUUCAUGAUGGUAGGAAACUCUAUUGUGGAUAUGGCCCAGAGCAGCCUCUCUGAAGACAUUUUCAAGGAACUAGUGCCACUCUCCAUCAAGAGUGAAUCAAGUAUGAAAUCAAAAGAUACCAUUCGGCAUUCUCUCAGUCUGAAACCCAACAACAGUAGUGCCAGAAGCUCCAUUUCGCCUCUCAAAUUUAGCACAGCAAUCCAGACGCACAAUGAUAAUAUUCAAUCGCCCUUGACUGAAUCCAUCAUUAGCAAUGCGACAAGGUCAUCAAAGCAAAGUGAUUCUUCUGACUCCUCGUUCACGUCCUUGUCAUCUACUGAAGAAUUCGUACCUUUGCACCCAGUAUCCAGAUCAGACCCCCAUCACUAUGAUGGUAAAAAACUUGGUGAACAUGUGCCUUUGAUGGAUCUGCUGGAUCGCUCACAAGCACACGAACAAAUUGUUGCAUCAAAAACGCCGUCUGCCGCUGCUAUAAGUGUACCUGGAUUGGCAAUGGCAAGAAUGAAAGAAAGACAUCGACAAGAAUACCGUCGAUCUAUGCAACGGCCACUUCCCACGCAACCGCUACCGAAUAUUUCUUCCUCUACUGCUGCCAUAGUGGAUUACCAUCCUACUUGCUACAAAAAAACCAAUUCGUUCACUAGUCAACGUAUUCACCCGAUGCAGCAUCAAUUGUCUCCUCCUUCCUCUCCAUCAUCAGCCUCAUUGCUUGUCCAUGCACGGACUCAAGUGCCUUUGGUCAAUCAAAUUAAGCCAGCGGUGGCUCCUAUGCGAUCCAUGUCAAGUAGCACGCAUACGUCCAAGCCUUUUGACAGAAGGCCCCUGAUUGCAAAUAUACCAUCACCAGUCAACUAUCAGCUAUCAAAGCCGGUAGUGCCUGUUUCUGAUCAUCGCCAUUAUUACUUGUUGAAUCAAGCUCAGCACCCUCCUUUAACAGCAGCCGUGCAGCGUCCACAUGAAAUACCAUGCAAGGCAAACCAUAAUUGCCACCCAAGACAGCGAAUGGUAGGCAUUACCGAAUGUCAUUAUCAACAGCAGCUGCAGCAGGAGCCUCAUGAUGUGGGGCUGAGCUCAUCAUCCAAACUCAAAACGGAUUACCGACGCAUUGUCUACUCGAGAAAGCAGGAUUAUGUACCUGAUUUAGUAGAUUUAUUAAAUCAUCAAGAGGAGCAGCAACAACAAGUUGAUGAAAAGUCGUCUUUUUCUCGUUGCUCGCAUCAUCAGCCUCACCAUACCUUGAUCAAGCGUCAGUACAACAACACGAUUGGCUGUCAACAGGCAAAGCAACAACAGCAGCAUCACUAUUCAACCACGCAUCGCUGUAGUCAUCAUCAUCACUAUACGCGUUGUCAUCAUAGAAAACCAGCUACUUGCUGUAAUACUUGCUGCUGA